AUGCCCAAGUCGUCAACACUGUCCCUCACCAUGCGGGGGAAAGCAGGCAAAGAGAAUAUGAAUAGCCAGCCCAUGAGCCCGAAGAGCCCUACAUCUCCAGCCAUGGCUGAAGACGGCCAUUUCGCCCAGAAUGCCGCGUUUCACAACAUGCCACAGUCUCCGGCCUCGCCCAAACCUCGCAAAGAUUCGAAGCACAUCUUCUCCAACUUCUCUGCAAACAAAUCGUCAUCACGACUGAAUAGCCACGACAAUACCACACGCCAGGUUCGUGACCAGCAACAUUCGCCUAGCCUAUACUCCAACGGACGGAGUGGCUCGUCCACCCCAGACCUUGGCCGUCCUGUGCGGACUCCCAAUUCUGAUGACAAUCGCUCCGAGGUCGUACGCCUAGAUCAGCGAACCGAAUCAGGCUUGUCCAACGAAUUAGCUCAUGCACUCGGGGAUUCGUCAACGCCCAACACAGUAAAACCAAAAAAGCAAGGCUUGCUGGCGAGGUCGAGAUCCAUCAAAGGAGACGAAAGUCAUGGGUCCCGAACCAAACUAAACAAAGCUCCUCCGCCGCAGCUAUCGCCCGACAUUGUAGGAUCGUGGACGACCGGUGAAGACGGGAUGCCGCUCAGGACAGCACCAAUGGAAAAAGGUCAAACUUGGCGACAGAACAUGGGCAUUGGCAAGCUGAGGACACAUUCCGCCGACCGGCAAGACGGGUCGAAGCAUACCAUGUCACAUCGGGACGAAGACCACGGGUUAAGGAGGGAUAGGGCAGAGCAGAUGUCCCUCACAUCCAAUUCUUACAACGAAAGUCGAGGUGCUACACUCAUGUCCAGCCUCGGUUCGGGCGCUCGUAAAAUGGGAGAGAAGAUGGACUCCGCCCGGAAAGGCGUGUUUGGCAAACUGGGACGCAGCUCCAGCUCCCACGAAACCCAGGUAUCGAUAUCGAACGAGCCAUAUGUGUGCAAAAUCAUCCACAAGCCUCUCGUCGAGCAGACAAGAUUGACCAGAAUAUCAACUCGCCUGGAGCAGUCGAGGGACAAGACCGAGUUCUGGAUGCCUGCACUUCCCUGGCGCUGCAUAGAUUACUUGAACAUGAGGGGCUGUGAAGAGGAGGGCCUAUAUCGAGUCCCGGGAUCCGCCCAACAAGUUCGAUAUUACGAGCGCAAGUUCGAUACAGACGGAGACAUUGAUUUGAUCAGCGACCCCAACCUAAACGACCCCAACGUAAUCGGAUCGCUGUUCAAGAAUUGGCUACGGCAACUGCCCGAUGAAAUCUUUCCCAAAGCGAUCCAAGCCGCAAUUCAACAUGAAUGUCAGGGGGCCAAGACGACGCCCCAAAUGCUCAAGGAUGAGCUUUCCAAGCUGCCUCCGUUCAACUACUACCUGUUGUUUGCGAUUACGUGCCAUAUCAGCUUGUUGCACUCCUGCUCCGAAUUCAACAAGAUGAACUACAACAAUUUGUGCAUCUGCUUUCAACCAGCGAUCAAGAUCGACGCCUUUUGCUUCCAAUUCCUCAUCCUGGACUGGCGAAACUGCUGGCAAGGCUGCUGGACAGAAAAGGACUUUCUCACCGAGGAGCUCGAUUUCCUGCAUACCCUGGAGAUUGAGAGGCAGCAGCCGCCACCCUCUCGGAAUGGCCCACCGCCCCAACACUCGGGCAAGAGUAAGGGCUCCCAACAGUUGUCACAUAUUGGCCAGUCUCAAAAGCCCACCUCGACCAGAAGCAACUCAACAGACCAAAACAAGACAUCUACGCGAGCCCUCUCGUUGGACAGCAACGGGCGGGCUACGCCACCGAACCCUUCGCUUGUAUUACCGGAACCGUCUGUUGCGCCCGCUAAUGCUACAAGUUCGCGCGGUGGGCAUGGCGAACGCGAAACCUCGACCGAACGAACCAUUUCGUCUUCAGAGAGUCGAGACGGCCUUCCUAUACGCGGGACACCUAAACUUGCCCCGCCGCCAGUGAGCACUGGGGUUCCAACUGAGAUGGACGACGGCGCAACGCCUACGCAAGCCCAACAUGGCCGCGGGCCUUCAGACACGACACAAUUUCGACUGGACCUGCGCGAUCCACCCGGCUCCCCUUUCAAUAUCAAGUUCUAG